AUGAUCAGCAUACGAGACACCAUUGCGUCCUCAGAUCAAGCACGCUUUGAUGCUUUCAUGGAACAGCAACAAGAUGGCAACACCAUGACUUCAUACGACUUGAUCGAUGGUACCAUCCAGAUUCACAUCGUCAGAUCCAAGACUCUGGAAGUUCUCGCAGAAGAACACUUUGCUGACAGUGGUCUUGCUACACAACUCAUUGCUGAAUAUAACGAUGCUGCGAAGGAGAUCCAGAAACGAAAAGCGAACGUCACCGAGAGGNNGGGGAUCCAUGGUACACCAGAACCAGAAGAUGAAGUUGUUGUUUAA